GUGCAUUUGUAAGGUAGGUACGGUGAGAGCGAUACAAGGGAGCGAUACCUCAUCACAUUCACCCAUCCAUCCAUCCAUUCAUUCAUCCAUCCAUCCAGUGGUGCAUAUGCAGAUCAGAUGUCGCGUGUUGACUGGGGGUCGGUGGUGCACCACGUGGCCACCAUCGAGCCCAAGAAGUACCGGAAAAACCCUCCCUCAGACAUCCCCACAGCCCUGGCGGCAGGGUACGACCUCGUCGCGCGCGAGCGCUCAUGCGACUCGCACAAGGAGGCCAACGCAAAGGCCAAGCAGCCGCGAGUGAGCGAGGAGGGCGUCGACAUGGCAAACGAAUCGGUGAGCGAACAUUAUCCAACAAACAACAGCCGCCCAUCUGCCGUUUGUGGUUGUUGUGCCAGGAUAAGGUUGCUGGCGUUGGUUUGGCUGACCUCGAGGCUGAGACCGUCUAUGAAGUCGGCGACUUCCUCACCACCCUCCAGCGCAAGCCGCUGUCGCUCGUGUGCCGGCAGCUGCACAAGAUGACCACCGACGCCACAUACGGCGUCCUCUACCGUGACCUCACCAUCUCCGUGCUCGAACACGACUACUGGAAGAAGAUCAACCUCACCGACACUCUCAAAACACGACUGGUGAGUGAGUGAGUGAGUGAGUGAGUGGGCGGCUGGGUGGGGAUGGUGGACGAAUGCAUGAUGGAUGUGUAUCUCGUGUGUGUGUGUGUGUGUGUGUGUAUGAGUCAGAGUAAGAUCAAGACGGCGUUCAUCGAGACUUACGGCCACAAUGAUGUGCUGCCGUCUGCUGUGGAUCACAUCGAGGCGUCCAAGGCCACGCUCAUCCACAUCGGUGUCGACGACCCGGCGCGUCGGUGCCACAACCGAUUCGGCAAUAGAGAGGGGGCGGGGGAGGGAGAGGGGGAGGAAGGUAGGGAGCCGGUGGUGUUUGAGAAGACCCAGCAGCUACACAUCACCCACACACGCUACCUAGACCUAGUCAAGUAAGGACAAGAGGGGCGGGGUUGGCUGCAGAGAUGCAAACGUGUGUUGUGCGGUGUGUGGCGGGUGUCGUGUGUUGUGUGUCAUCUGAAGGGAUCGCAAGUGGGUGUUUCCGAGUUUGGAGGUGCUGAGUGUGGGCAAGGUGUGCGUUGGGACUUAUCCCUACAGCAGCCACCUGCCGGCCGUCACCCACAUCGUGUCAGCUUCGCGCGAGGUCACAUCCAUCAAGGCCGAUGUCAUCCAUGCCACAGAGGGAGACGAGUGGCAGGCAUUCACCAGGUAGACACAAUUGAACGACAAAACAAUCUCAUCACACACACAAAUGUUUUCUUCCCUCUUUGUGUGUGCGUGCGUGUGGAUGUCAGUUCGUUGAGUGGUUGCCCCAAGCUCACGAGCAUCAGCGGCCUCCAUCUCGUUCUGAAAGGCUACAGAGAACCUAAGUGAGCUGGGCGACAAGAUAAAUGGCUGGCAUAGACACACCAUGUAUGCGUCUGUGGUGCUCCGGGUCAGCCGCGUUGAGAACAUCUACGAUCCACUGGGCCGCCUCACCAGGGCACUCGACACCAAUUGGCGCACCGAACACAUGAAAGGUGGGUAGGUGGGGGUGGGCAGAUUAACACCACACAGGGCGGUACUCCUUGCUGACUGUGUCAUCUCUCCUCUGUCAUCUGUGGUGUGCAGACGUGCCCAAGACCAUUACCAUUCACCAUCGCUUCUCGUCCGGCCCCGACUUCAGUCGCCAGCUGACCGACCGCAGCGGCCCCAACCACUUCGCCCUCGCCGACCUCCUCACCUGGGCCGAGGAGACCAAAUGCCAAAUCGUGUGGAGGCCACGGUGACUGAGACAUGCAGCAACAAAUGCAUCGCAGACAGAGACGGGCACAGGCUGUUGUGUGUGUGCUGUGCAGAGAGGAUGACCAUUUCAAGCGUUGCAGCUGGGACACAGACAGCCCCCCGCGUUAUGACGACAUCGUCAUCGACUGCGGCAAGGAGGGAGCCGACACACCUCCGGCCCCGCACAGACGUGUAGCCCAGCUCAUCACCGACCUGACGACCGAAUGCGACGCGGUGAGAGAGGGAGGGAGGGAGGCGGGGAGAGGGGGAGAGGGGGAGAGAGACGCCUGUUCAUGUCUGCCCUUCUCCUGCCUCCCUCUGUUUCCCUAGGUCAAGUUUGUGUACGGCGGUGCUCCCCUGCACGACACGUGGGGGCAGCUGCUGACACUUCCCGCGGCCACCAAGCUCUCCAUCUGCCCCCAACGCUACGCCACCCCCGUCCGCCAGCUCACCACGAGCAUCCCCGAGUGGCUGGUGGCCCAGGACCACAACGGCAACAACACACACCUCCCGGCCAUCAAGCACCUCUACAUCGACGCAUCGAGCAGCGGGUCUGGAACCAACCGUGCCCAAAACAACGCCCUGCCGACCGGUGCUGAGGCUGGGAGGCUGGAGGAGCUGCUGGGCAGCCUGGCGGGGGUGCGUGAGGUGUGGCUCGGGGCACUGAGCCUUCGCACCGUGUCGCAGUGUGUGUCGUAUCUGCAUGCCCGUGAGUUAGAUGAGUUGCACAUCUGCCGGUGGGAUGCGUCAGAUGCGCUGCCCGACUCAUCGCACACGCCGGUGCCUAAGCUAGCCUACCCUGCCGUCAAAUCGUUGCGCGUGUGGAAUGAGUCUGAGAUGAGCAAGGGGUGUGUUCGGUCUGUGCUGUCUCUCGUCAUGUCCAUCAAGCCAGCCAAAGCCAGCAUCGACCUGAAGCCCACAACAGAGUCGAUCGCACCAGGCAAGGCGCGACGCACCUACUCUGGCAGCUUCAACCCGAGCCACUCGAAGGAGCUGACGGCUUUGCUGCGGGAGGCAGAGAGGACGGUGGGGUCGGUGUACAGUGUAGUGUCGUCAUCGUGUGAGGUGGAUAUGGUGGAUGACUGGUACAUGAACACGAUGCAUAUGGAGCUAGUGUUGAAGGAGGGGGGCGAGGGAGACAAGAGGGGCAAGAAGGGCAAGGGGGGAAAAGGGGAACAAGAAAGGCAACAAGGCCAAGUGAGGGAAGCGAGGGGGAGGGAGAUGGAUGCAGACGGAGGAUAGCAUGUAUGGCUUGCCGGCAGCCGAUGGGCCGGCCAUCUCACUCACUGCUACAUCCAUGGAAUGGACACAUUAAUCGCAUGUUCCCGUGUUUCGUGUCUCCUUGUGUGUGUGCAUACCCCCACCCCUCUUCUAAUUCGCCAUUGCGCGUGCGUGAGGAUGGCCUACCACAGCCAUUCAGCACGCCGCCAUUCUACUCUUGACGUGUGUGUGUAUGUGUGCGGUGGGUUGGGUUCAUCGGCUGUGGUCUCAUUUUUUGGUCAGGGGAUGGGCCGACUCACUGACUGACUCACUCCCUCACUCGCGUGUGUGGCCCGAACGGCCGCAAUCGCGUGUGUGCAUGUCUCCAUGGCUGCCUCCAUCUCUCUCUGUCUGCACCUCCCCAUCCCAUCCCCCCUGCCAAUUCGCUGUCGUGCGUGUGGGUGUGACCGACCGACACCCAUCCGAAGGAGGGGGUCAUAUGUGUGUGUGUGGCCGCUGGGAUGGCUUACCACGGCCAUCCAGCAACCACACACGUCUCUUUGUAUGUGUGUUGUGGAUGGGUGUGGG